AUGGAUAUGAUGGUGUCAACAUUACAACAGCAGCGAGCUGUUACAGAACAGCUGCGACGCGAGGCGUCUAUAAAACGUAUUCCUGUUUCUGUAGCCGUCACUGACAUAAUAAAAUUCAUUAAUGAACACGAACAAGAGGAUUGUCUGCUAGUUGGAUUCUCUAGUCAAAAAGUCAACCCUUUCCGUGAAAAAAGUUCCUGCACUGUUCUGUAA